UCUGCACAGCCACAAAGACGUGUGAGCAGUAGACGCGUUACAAGGAAACGGCGACUCGAUUCAUAUUUACUAUUCAUGUCUAAAAUAGUCGAAAGAAGAGGUUCGACGAAGUCAUAGCCGUGUAAUAUGGAACAGAAGAGUUGGAUGGUACACAAGGAUGAUCCGGUUGACGAUUUGAGCUCCAAGUAGGACCAGAGUAAGCCUCGCUGUCUGGCGAAAGUAAAGAAAGAAAAAAACAGCUAUAAAGCCAACAACCAAGGCUCAAGCCGGUUCCGGAGACGUUUCGAAGAACCACUAAAGCUGGAUGAUAAUAGACUACCUUUCCCCGGUGGUCUGCGAUGGGGGAGACCAAAAUAAUAUAUCAUCUCGACGACCAGGAAACUCCUUACCUGGUCAAAUUGCCCAUCCCAGCCGACAGGGUCACUCUCUUGGACCUAAAAAAUGCCCUCAAGAAAACGAACUAUAAGUUCUUCUUUAAGUCAAUGGAUGACGACUUCGGGGUGGUGAAGGAAGAAAUUACAGAUGACAAUGCGAGGCUCCCCUGCUACAAUGGUCGUGUCAUUGCUUGGUUGGUGUCUGCGGAUGGUUCCCAUGGGUCAGACGGGGGCUCGGUGGCGGAGAGCCAGUCAGAUCGGCCCCCCUCCCUUGAGAGGUGCCAAGGCAUCGGGGACUCAAGACCCCCAUCCUUCCAUGCAAAAUCAGCGGGCAGUCGCGAUGGCAUGGACGACAACACCGAGACCGAUUCCGUGGUGUCCCACCGCAAGGACAGGGACCGGGACAGAUCGCGCCGGAAGCACUCCCAAGACCAUUCAGGAGGAGGAGGGAGGAUGAAUGGGUACACGCGGGGAGGUCGAGGCCUGGACCUGGGAGGAUAUGACAGCCGUUCAUCCCUCAUGAGUAGUGAGCUGGAGUCCAGUAGCUGCUUCGACUCAGAAGAUGACGGAUCCACCAGCAGGUUCAGCAGCGUUACAGAGCAGAGCGGCUCAUCGCGAUUGCUCAGGCGCCCACGCCGUCGCCGACGGAGACCCAAGCAAAAUAUGGAACGGUCGUCAUCGUUCAGCAGCAUUACAGACUCCACCAUGUCACUCAACAUCAUCACUGUCACACUAAACAUGGAGAAGUACAACUUCCUGGGCAUUAGCAUUGUUGGACAGAGCAAUGAGCGAGGGGAUGGAGGCAUCUACAUCGGCUCCAUUAUGAAAGGUGGGGCGGUGGCUGCGGACGGACGAAUAGAGCCAGGAGACAUGCUCCUUCAGGUCAAUGAUAUCAACUUUGAAAACAUGUGCAAUGAUGAUGCAGUGCGAGUUCUUCGGGAUAUUGUCCAUAAACCUGGCCCUGUUUCUCUGACUGUUGCAAAGUGCUGGGACCCAAACCCAAAUAGUUGCUUUGCUUUACCAAGAAGUGAGCCUGUAAGGCCCAUUGACCCGGCUGCGUGGGUGUCCCACACGGCGGCCAUGACGGGAGUGUACCCGCCGUACGGGAUGAGCCCCUCCAUGAGCACAGUCACCUCCACAAGCUCCUCCAUCACCAGCUCCAUCCCAGAGACUGAGCGCUUUGAUGAUUACCACUUGUCGGUGCACAGUGACAUGGCAACGGUUGCUAAAGCGAUGGCAUGUGCUGAUUCUGGAUUGGAAGUUCGUGAUCGGUUGUGGCUGAAGAUAACCAUUGCUAAUGCCUUUAUAGGGUCAGACGUAGUGGACUGGCUCUUCCAUCAUGUUGAGGGCUUCACUGAUCGCCGUGAGGCACGCAAGUACGCCAGCAACCUGCUGAAGGCCGGCUUCAUCCGACACACUGUCAACAAGAUCACCUUCUCCGAGCAGUGCUAUUACAUCUUCGGAGACCUCUGUGGAAACAUGGCACACAUGUCCCUGCAGGACCACGAUGGCUCCAGCGGUGGGGCAUCUGACCAGGACACUCUGGCCCCUCUGCUCCACCCGGGCGAGGCUCCGUGGCCCAUGGCCUUCCCCUACCAGUUCCCCGUGCCCCACCAGGCAGAGCUGCCUCACGGAUACAGUGAAGGUGGAGGAGGAGGAGGAGGAGGGAGCGCGGGUAGCCAGCACAGUGAUGGGAGCCGUAGCAGUGGGUCCCACGGCAGCGAGUCCGAUCCCAGGAGGGAGAGGGCGCCCAGCGAACGCUCCGCCCACAGCGAGUGCAGCAUGCGGAGCUCAACCAGUCUGUGCCAUCCGCGCUCCCACGGCCACAGCUCCAGUUCCCUUCGCCUGGCCCACCCACCCAUCGGGGCCAUCGCCGCCGCCGCAGCUGCAGCCACUCCAGGUUCCCCGUCAGGCCGCACGCUGAUGUCCAUGCCCCCCGAACUCUCUGGCUCUCGCCACUCCUGCCACACCAUGGGCAGCCAGGGCGAGUUCUUUGUUGACAUCAUGUGAUGCAUUGCCAUUGAUCAGAUGCACAGAUGGAUGGAUGGAUGGAUGGAUGGAUGGAUGGAUGGAUGUGAGAGAGUAUGUGUACAUGUGAGUUUCCCCCUUGUUUGUGAAAAACACUAAAGAUACGCCUCGCUCCUCCCAUCAGACCCCCUGGCGCCUCUGGUGGCCUCCGUUAAGAGAGAGAGAAUUGGGGCGAUUCAGAGAAAAUGUAGGCCAGAGAGAGAGAGCGAGAGAGAGAGAGCGAGAGAGAACAGGAGAGAACACAAAUUCAUCUGGAUGGACUUAAAAAACGGUGAGAGUGGACAGCAAGCACAAAUUACAAGAUGUGACAAAAGAGAACUGAGGGCUCUGCCCACCCUUCUGGCUCCUCUUUGCUCUGGAUCUUUUGCCAUUGUUUGAGCAUGAAUAUGUUGAUCUAGAAUGUAUUUCACAGACAUAUACUUUUAGUAUUGGUCAUUUCAAUUUUGUCAACUUUUGAUGAUUUUUUUUAACUGAAGCUAAUUUGGCAGAAAUGCAUUGCCUAAAACAAACAACAAUGGAGAAAUGUUUUUUAUUUAUAAAUAUAGUUUAAUUGCCUAAGCUUGGGAUAUCACUCUGUGCAUUUGUGUGUUUAUUAUUAAGAAGACAACUUGUGUCUGUCUGUAGAUGUCCUUCUGCUGAAAGUGUUAAGUUAACAGUGAGGAAUUUCACUUUA